AUAUCACGUGACAGGUCAGGUUCUCUUUGGGCGUGGCUGCCUUGCGCGUCUGUGGCAACCGGCGGUAGGCGGGGUGGGGGUAGUAGUAACUAGCGGCCAGUGAGUGCGGGGAGGCCGGAGUGCGGGCAGCAUGGACGAGUUUCAGACAACGGAGGAGUCCUCAUUUGUUGUAGAUGAAGUGAGCAACAUCAUUAAAGAGUCAGUAGAAAGUGCCAUCGGAGGAAAUGCUUACCAGCACAACAAAGUCAAUCAGUGGACUACCAAUGUCGUGGAGCAAACUCUGAGCCAACUUACAAAACUGGGGAAGCCAUUCAAAUACAUCGUUACUUGUGUGAUCAUGCAAAAGAAUGGUGCCGGUCUUCAUACAGCGAGUUCUUGUUUUUGGGAUAACUCAACGGAUGGAAGCUGUACUGUGAGAUGGGAGAACAAGACGAUGUACUGUAUAGUCAGUGCCUUUGGACUUGCAAUUUGACAAUUUUCUUCUUUGUUCCAGUCAUUAAAUAAUUUUAUCAUUCUAUAUGUAUUUUACGUUGUACACACUUUGGAAUGUAUUGUGUUUUGUCUUUAUUUUUGUUUUUGUCAUCACAGUGUCACAAUGAACACUUUUUUUUCUUUUUCUUUCCAUGAAUUGAGCCUCUAUGUAAUUUGAGGUGCUAUAACCUGAAAGUGCCACUAUAAAACCUUUUAAAGGGAACCUGUCACUGGGAUUUUGGGUAUAGACCUGAGGACGUGGGCUGCUAGAUGGCCGCUAGCACAUCCGCAAAAUCCAUUCC